AUGUCGCAACCUGAGGAAGCGAAACAAGACCUGGCUGACCUCGAUGAGUUUGAAGGCCUUUUCCUGGCAGAUGUUACCCCUAAGCUCGAAAAAUGGUGGUUUCAGUAUCCGUCCCUGCUAAAACUGAAUCUGCUGUUACUCUGCGCCUUCUUGGCUCAGUUUACCUGCGGUUUUGACGGUAGCAUGUUGAAUGGCAUGCAGUCCUUGCCUUCGUGGAAAGCUGCGUUUGGUAACCCGGAUGGUGCCAAGCUGGGCACUUUGGUCAAUGCUAUCAAUAUUGGUGUGCUCGUUUCGGUAACCUUCUCCUCCCAGAUGUGUGAGAUUCUCGGACGGAAGAAACCCAUUACAGUCGGUACAGCUUUAAUUACUAUUGGCUCUGCUCUUCAAGGUGGUGCGCAAAGCUUAGGCAUGUUUAUUGCUGGCCGCAUUAUCAUCGGUUUGGGUACCGGCAUCGUGGCUGUCGCCGCUCCCCAGCUGAUGAUGGAGGUCGCAUAUCCAACGCAUCGUGGAAAGAUUGUUUCUCUAUAUAUGACCCAGUGGGUGGUUGGCUACUUGAUCGCAGCUUGGACUACAUUUGGCACCUUCAAAAUGAAUUCUUCCUGGAGCUGGAGGCUUCCUAGUCUCUUGCAAGGUGUUCCAUCAAUCCUGCAGCUGGUGCUAAGUAUUUUCGUACCGGAAUCACCUCGUUGGCUUGUUUUCAAAGACCGGCAAGAAGAGGCUCUGGAUGUGCUCGCAAAAUAUCAUGCGAGCGGCAAUCGGAAUUCUCAACUGAUUCGCUUUGAGAUGCUUGAAAUCCAGGCGACAUUGGAAGAGGAAAAGAAGCAGAAGGCAAUUCAGUGGAGCGAGUUUAUCCGAACCCAGGGAAACCGAAAGCGUCUUUGGAUCCUGUUGUUUAUUGGCUACGCUGCUCAGUUAUCUGGCCUUGGUCUGACCGGAUAUUACCUCGCCAAGAUCCUUGAUAGUAUCGGCAUUACAGAUGCACAGACUCAGCUGCUCAUUAACGCCAUUGCAGCUAUCUGGCAGUUAUGCUGCUCGAUCUUCUUUGCCAUGCUUAUCGAUCGUGUUGGAAGACGAGGAUUGAUCACCUUCGGUAUGACUGUCAUGCUUCUUGUGUUUAUCAUAUGGACGAUUUGUUCGGCUAUCAACGAGCAGAGACACUUUACAGAUCACUCUCUUGCGCUGUCCGUUGUAGCUAUGAUUUUCUUGUUCCAGUUUGGCUACCAACCUUUUGCCAUUGCCACCGUGCCUUAUGUCGUGGAGUGUUCUCUUUUCUCUCUCCGGUCAAAAACAGCUAUGAUUUUCCAAUUUUGUGGGUACACAGCAAGUUUCUUUACCGGUUAUGUGAACCCUAUUGCUAUGGACAACAUUGGCUGGCGCUACUAUAUAGUUGCCUGUGUCAUUCUGGCUUUUGAAUGCACAUUUGCGUGGUGGUAUUUGCCAGAGACUAAGGGCAAGGGUCUUGAAGAAAUUGGCGAAAUUUUCGAUGGCGACGAGCUUUUGACGGGUGCCCAGGCAAUCACCAAACAUUACAAGGAGCAGCAUGCAGCCGCCAAUAUUCGCGAGAGGAAGGCUUUCACGGACCAAGUAGAAGUCACUAACGAGGGCUGA